CCCGGGUGGCCCCCCGGCGCCGCCCCGCCCCGCCCCCCGCCGCCCCUCGCGCUCCGCCCUCUGUCCUGUUCCUCCCGGGCCCGCGCCGCCCUCUGGCCGCCGCACUUUCCCGCUCUCGCCGCCGCCGGUGCCCGCCGCCCGCCGCCGCCGCCACCAUGCCCAACAUCGUGCUGUUCAGCGGCAGCUCGCACCAGGACCUGUCCCAGCGCGUGGCCGAUCGCCUGGGCCUGGAGCUGGGCAAGGUGGUCACCAAGAAGUUCAGCAACCAGGAGACCAGCGUGGAGAUCGGGGAGAGCGUGCGAGGGGAAGAUGUCUACAUCAUCCAGAGCGGCUGUGGGGAGAUCAACGACAACCUCAUGGAGCUGCUCAUCAUGAUCAAUGCCUGCAAGAUCGCGUCCUCCUCCAGGGUGACCGCCGUGAUCCCCUGUUUCCCAUACGCCAGGCAGGAUAAAAAGGAUAAGAGUCGUGCUCCAAUUUCUGCAAAGCUCGUGGCCAAUAUGCUGUCCGUGGCCGGGGCAGAUCAUAUCAUCACCAUGGACCUGCAUGCCUCCCAGAUCCAGGGCUUCUUCGACAUCCCCGUGGACAAUCUGUACGCCGAGCCCGCGGUCCUACAGUGGAUUCGGGAAAACAUCUCCGAGUGGAGGAACUGUAUCAUCGUUUCCCCUGAUGCCGGGGGAGCCAAAAGGGUGACAUCAAUUGCAGACAGGCUGAACGUGGAGUUUGCCUUGAUCCACAAGGAGAGGAAGAAGGCCAAUGAGGUGGACCGGAUGGUUCUGGUGGGCGACGUCAAGGACCGUGUGGCCAUCCUCGUGGAUGACAUGGCCGACACGUGUGGUACCAUCUGUCACGCUGCCGACAAGCUGCUCUCGGCCGGAGCCACCAAAGUCUAUGCGAUCCUUACCCACGGGAUCUUCUCGGGGCCGGCUAUCUCCAGAAUCAACAAUGCCGCCUUUGAGGCCGUGGUGGUUACCAACACAAUUCCGCAGGAGGACAAGAUGAAACACUGCACCAAGAUUCAGGUCAUUGACAUUUCGAUGAUCUUGGCUGAGGCCAUCCGGAGGACCCACAACGGAGAAUCGGUGUCUUACCUGUUCAGCCACGUCCCGCUGUAGGCCCGGGGCGGGAGGCGGAAGCAGCCAACCCCUGGGCAGCUCUGAUUCUGUAGCUUUAGGACUCGCCACUGUAGGAUAACUGCGAUCAUUUAGCGAUCCAUUGUUUCCCCUUUCUGAAGCCCAGGACCAUUGUUUUCCAGCUUGGGGGGGGGCGGGCAUCGGUGGUUUGGUGGUUUGGUGGUUUGAUCUUUCAGGAACUGUCUUAAAUGAGAAAAGAUUCUGUCAUCUUGACUUGUUCUGUUCCGUGAACUUUUUCUUCGUUCUGUCAGUACUUUGAGGCCACACCUUCCAAGUAUAUGAUUCAGAGAUUCUAUAAAUUGGGGUUGCCAAAGGUGACUUCAGAUGAGAGCUUUCUGUGUAAAUAUAAUGAUAAUGCCUAUGGACAUUUGGGUAAGACCCUAUAUACAGUCAGCCCUGCACUUCGCAGUGAAGCUUAGGAAAUUAAUAUUGCGAAGCGUGAAGUAUUAUUUUCAUAACUGGCUUUCCAGUAAACCAUUUUGGUUCUUGUACUUCAUUUAGACCAAAUUUCAUGCCGCUUCCGAUGGCCACUGACACAUUGAGUUUUUGGUAUGAUAAUUUAUGACCACUUCCGAAAACACGUUUUAACUGUGAGCUUGAAAUGUUAUGUUUAAAAGUUCCCAAAUUAUUCAGCAGAAGAUCUUCAUGAAACCAUUGUGUGAAGGCAUGUCCACACUCGCGGCCGUAUUGCUGGUCUCCUGCCCAUUUCAGGAGACGAUUCUUUGGGCCGCCUCUUCUGGCUUGUCAUCUUCACCAGGGUUCGAGCUUUUACUCCACAUUUUCCCAAGUGACUUCAUUUUCUAGGUUUGCACCAAAGUCAAGACCUCCCCAGGUCCCCUCAGAUUUUCUAGUCUGACCGUUCUUUGGCUUUUGACAUAAAGAAAAAGGUGAGUUCUGGUAAGGACCACCGAUCUGUAUUUUGUUAGAUCUGAGUUAAUGUUCUUUUGCCCUCCGUAAUCAGAAAGAGUAACUCAUCUAUCUUCCAUGGAACAAAAGAUCUAUGGAAGAUAAGUGCACAUAACCAGACUUGGAUUAGCUCGAGCUCUUUCUGACUGUGCCCCCCUAUUGACCUCGUGUACUUCCUGUACCCCCCCAGGGGUCCCUUAUUCUCAUGCUGUGACCCCUGCCAUGUAUGUGGCUUUUACCUGUGCCUCCCUUGUACUAUUCUGGGGAAUGCAUAGGACACUAUGUGACCCCUAGUUGGGAAACGUUGACCUAAGACAAGUGCUCAUUUUAACUAAGGCUGUUACAUGAAAACUGGGUGACAAGAUGUAUGGAAAGGCUGGAGUGAUAGUACAGUGGGUAAGGGGCUUUUCCUUGCACACGGCCUACCUGGGUUUGAUCUCUGGCACCCUGUAAGGUCCCUCGGGCCCGCCCCCAGUGAUUCCUGAGUGCCGAGCCAGGAGUAAGCCCUGAGCACUGCUGAGGUUUGGCCCCAAACCCAGAACAAACACCAAAAGAUCUAUGGAAGAUAAGUACAAAUAACCAAGCUUGAGAUACUCUAUACGGCGACAUAAGUGUCCACUAGAUGGCCCUUCCCUACAUCCUCCCAAUCUGUGGCCAAAGGCAUUUCAAGUCUAUGGAUGUUAUUCUAUGCGUAUUUGGUGGACAAGUAAAUUCUUCAUUCCCCAGCAAAUCUGGUGGCACACACAAAGCCCGGGAGUAAGAAACCACCAUCUCUCUUCUGCUGAGUCUUGAACUGUAACUUUGCUGAUUAGGUGCAAAAUCAAAUUUAUUUAAGGCAUUAGCAGACUUGGAACAACAACCUUUAAGGUUGCAAGCUUCACUGGGGACAGGUUGAAGUGAAGUAAAAAAGUGUCAGUUGUUGCAGAAACCAGCAGUUUGCUGUACCUUGAAAAGGCUCUUGAGGGAAAAAAAUGAUGCUGUAAGUCUGAUAAAGUCAGCCUUGCAAUACAAAUAGACUCGAUCAAGAAAGAGUUGACUUGUAAUCUAGAAAGACCCUGUUUAGAUGCUCGGUGAUUUUAAUUUUUGAAAUGCGAUAGCUGUAUUUCUUGGAAUUUUGAUGCUUAAAGAAAUGCAAGUAUAGUUAAGAAUAUGCAUAUGUAGACUGCUUGGCAUGCAAAUGUGGACAUAUGUACAUGACUAAAAACAGUUGAUUUGUAUUCAUUUCUUUUAAGAUUUAACAGUCCAGGCAUAGACAUAGUUGUAAAUUAAUCUUGAAGUAAAGAUAAUGAUAUUAAUAUACCAAAGUUCAGCCUUUAACUUAAAAUUUUAUCAGUUAACUAAGAGAUAAGCAUGUUAGAUAUGACGUCAGCUAGAUUCACGAACAGCUCAUUUACGUUGCUUGUCUUGGUUUCGAGAACAUGAUUUUGAGAUCUUCCAACACUGUACUAAGACAUUUUAAUAAAAUCAUACUACUUUCAAUAUUUGUAUUGUA